GAAUUUUGGGAAGCCUUUCGUGCAACCGCUAAGCCGAGCAAUCUGGAGAAUACAGAGGCCUACUACCUGAUGCGGGAACCGUUUGAUCCGCAGUGGGAGAAACCGGAACACUCCGGUGGUGGACGCUGGCGCCUGAGGUCCGAACGUGGAGCUGCUGACUACCUGUGGUGUGAACUAGCCAUGUGUGCCGUGGGCGAGAAGUUGCAGACCCUGUUGGAUGAAAAAAACAGCAUCGUCGGCGUUGGCUGCAGUCCCCGGCCCUCCAGCAUUGUCAUCGAAAUCUGGACAAGCAGCACGGACUUUGAGAGUUCCGACACCGCCGGCUUCUCCACAAAGCUGAACCAACUGCUGCCCAAGGCUGUCUACUUCAAGCUCGUCUACUAUGAAAUCUGCUACGGUUGA